AGACGCACACGCACAAACAUGGCGGCCUCUGUUUCACCGCUUCGCUCCUCCUUCAGGAUUUGUAGCCCGUUAACGUUACACCAUCACUGCUGCCGGGCCAAACUGCGGACGCACAGAAAAUGCGAGAAUCAGAGGAGACACCUACAUCAGUCGGCGACGAGACAUGCCGCCGUGGUGAUUUCGGGGACAGAAUUGGCUCGUCAGCUCCACAGAGAAAUCCAGCGUGAUGUGGAAGAGUUGGUUGCUCAGGGCAACAUGAGACCCCACCUGGGCGUGGUCAUAGUGGGGGAAGAUCCAGCCAGCCGGACCUAUGUCAGGAACAAGACCAGGGCAGCGAGUAUACUGGGUAUUUCCAGUGACACAGUUGUGCGGCCAAGCUCGGUCUCCCAGGAGGAGUUACUGGAGCUGAUUGACAAGAUGAACCGUGACUGGAGGGUUAGCGGCCUGUUGGUGCAGCUGCCACUUCCUGAACACAUCAAUGAGCGGGCGGUGUGUAACGCCAUCGCUCCAGAGAAGGAUGUGGACGGCUUCCAUAUCGUCAACAUUGGAAAGCUGUGUUUGGACCAGAGGUCAAUGGUUCCUGCCACACCUGCAGCUGUCUGGGAGAUUAUCAAAAGAGCAGGAAUUGAGACAGUGGGAAAGAAUGUGUUGGUCGCUGGCCGCUCCAAAAAUGUUGGAAUGCCCAUUGCUAUGUUGCUGCACACCGAUCGCAACCAUGAACGCCCCGGGGGAGACGCCACAGUGACCAUCACCCAUAGGUGUACACCGAGGGAGCGCCUGAAGGAGCUCACCAGUCUGGCUGACAUCAUUAUCGCUGCUGCAGGUGUUCCCAGGCUGAUCACAGCAGACAUGGUGAAGGAGGGUGCAGCCGUCAUCGAUGUGGGAAUAAACCGCAUCAAGGACCCAAACACCGGGAAACUCCGGCUCAUCGGUGACGUGGACUUCGAGGGAGUGAAACAAAAGGCGGGUUUUAUCACACCUGUUCCUGGAGGUGUGGGUCCUAUGACAGUCGCGAUGCUGAUGAAGAACACUGUGACCGCUGCCAGGAACGCACUGAUGCAUUAAACCCACACACAUUAGGAAAACAUGAAGAGAUUUCAUGAAUGAUACACAUAUUCUCGACAUACAUCUACACAUACAGUCGAUUGAACACCUGUUCAAUCCAGCUAGUGUUUGAGAUGUUCAUGGACUCGAGACUCCAUAUCUGCUGGGAAACAUACUUGAUUAUUAUUUAUAUUGUGAAUUUGUUCUUUUAUUUAUUUCAGUUAUUUAUUUCAGAGUUCUCUUUUUAAGAAAUUAAAUUAAUAUUUUUUCUACUG